AUGAAAUCAGUUGGUGGUUCUAUGAUGGACAUGUAUCCUAACGAUUAUUAUAAGGAACAGUUACAAUCACAGUUUCCUAUGUAUUUUGGAUCGUCGUCUAGACCAGAAGAGUUUACGCUGAAAUGUGGUCGUGUGACAGCAAUAUUGUUGGAACAGAUGCCAAUGUUGUUGGAUGAAUGGGAUCCGAGAAGUAAAUCGCAAAUUAACUUUUCUACCGUAACUCUCCACAAAGACGAAGGUCGAUGCUUAUCAGAAGCUAUGUUAUCCGCGAAGGCCGUAUUAGUUUACCGCACAAAUGUGAUGACGGGUAAUGGAAGAAUUCUUCAAUGGUAUUCUUUAAUAUAA